ACUAACGCAGCAUCUAGAACGCACAGACCGCCAACAACCCCUUCACCUCCAUAUUUCCUGUCCCCCAACAAAAAAAUAAGAAAUAACGAAUCCUAACAAGGAACUCAGGGGACGCCGUCGUUUCGGACGCCGGUGCCUCUGGUGACCAGUUAACAAACAAUGAAGCGAAGUUCGGGUUUCUCUGUACCGGUAACCGUCGUCGUUUUGGCAAUAAUCUACAUUUACUUUUCGACGCUGUUUGUGUUUAUAGAAGGUUGGUUCGGUCUUAUGACCUCGCCUGGAAUCAUGAACGCCGUUGUCUUCACUGCUAUGGCUUUCAUGUGUAUUCUCAACUAUGCUUACGCUAUCUACACGGAUCCGGGUCGGGUCCCAUCAACUUACACGCCUGAUAUUGAAGAUGCCGAUAACCCUGUCCAUGAGAUCAAACGCAAAGGGGGAGACUUGCGAUUUUGCCAGAAGUGUUCUCACUUUAAACCCCCCCGUGCUCAUCAUUGCCGUGUUUGCAAAAGAUGUGUGUUGCGAAUGGACCACCAUUGCAUUUGGAUAAAUAACUGCGUUGGCCAUGCGAACUAUAAGGUGUUCUUCGUGUUCGUUAUAUAUGCUGUGAUUUCAUGCAUCUACUCCCUGGUCUUGCUCAUUGGUAGUCUGACUAUUGACCCUCAAAAGGAUGAGCAACAAAGCAGUGGCUCUUUCAGGAGUAUAUAUGUCAUAUCUGGGGUGUUGUUAAUCCCCCUAAGUGUGGCACUUGGUAUUCUUUUGGGUUGGCAUGUCUACCUCAUUUUGCAAAAUAAAACCACCAUUGAGUAUCAUGAAGGAGUCAGAGCUAUGUGGCUUGCAGAGAAAGGAGGGGAUGUCUAUAAGCAUCCAUAUGAUAUCGGAGCCUAUGAAAACCUGACAAUGGUACUGGGUCCAAGUAUCUUCUGUUGGGCAUGUCCCACAUCAGGACAUGUUGGCUCAGGUCUUCGCUUCAGGACAGCCUAUGAUAAUCCUACUGUUGCAUCCACAUCCAAAUAAAGUUCCAUUUUGCUUGUGUCGUCUCAUCGGAUUGGCAAUAGCACAAUGCGGAGUCUUUAACUGCCAAAUGUUGGGUGAGUAUUGAUGCUGAGAUUAUAAUAUCCGGCUGUGUGUCCUACCAUGUGUACUUUUUCUUAAACUUGCCUGCCUUUCUUGAGGAAAAAAGAAAAUCUUUUAAGUCGUAACAGCAGCCAGGGUCUGGUAAAAGAUGUCUUCUGCAAGUUAGGUGACACAAGGAGAGGAAAUGGGUGCAAAGUGUCGUGGGUUUUCUUUGACUCGAACUGAACCAAAUACUGCAAGGGCUUGUUAGGUCCAAAUCAGUGAGAUGAAACCUGUCAAUAGUUGAAAUUAGGUGUGCAGGCUUGGAAGGAAUUAGGGAUAGGGAAGCAGCUUUUACCAUUAUACGGUUUUCUUUCUUUCUUUUGUUGUUUUGGGUCCUGUGGGGGAGUUUUUGGAGAAUGUAGAUCCUGUAAAGCUGACAACUAUGCGUCCAGUCAAUACUUUUGUGUAUAAAGAGGGUAUGUGAAAACUGCUUACCAACAAGAUUACUUAGAAGAGAUGAUGAGAGCCUGUAACAACAAGUAUAUUAUCCUUGUAACUUAGAAUUGUGAUCUUUGUAACAUCGAUCAAUAAAUGAAAGCUGUGAAGCAGUUUUGGUUGUUUGCA